AUGUGGGAUGGAUUAUCAAAUUUUGGUUGGAGUUGGAGUUGGGGUAAGAAUAAAGGACAAGAUUAUGUUCCUAUGACCAAUAGAGAUAGAUCUUCAUCAUAUAAAUUUUCAAUCAUCAAAUUCCUUCCUUCUAUCUUACUUUUAACAAUAGGUGUUCUGAUAGGUUCACAACAUCCAUAUUACCUUUCUAUUUAUUCACGUCGUUCUUCAAUCCCUAUAUCUUAUUUACCUAGAUCAUUACCACCACCACCAGAUACAAAAAUCCCACCUUCUUCAUCACUUCCAAUACCAUUAGAACCUAUACCUAAUUUAGUACAUUAUGUCUAUGGUUUAGCACCUACACAAGAAGAAUUCCCUUAUUUCGCUUAUCUGGCAAUGAGGAGCGCUUUGCAAGUUUUAAAACCGGAAAAAGUCUUGUUUCAUUGUUUGAAUGAACCUAGGGGUUAUUGGUGGGAUAGAGUGAGAGGUUGGGAAGGGUGGAUUGAUGAAGGAGGUGAGAAAAAAGGUUUGGUAGAGGUCGUUAAAGCUAGAGAUGUGGAGUGGAUUGGGAAAGAUCAAAAACCUGUUAAACAUUACGCGCAUAAAGCGGAUAUCAUAAGAUUAGAAGUAUUACUCGAAUACGGAGGAAUAUACCUAGACAUAGAUACUUUCAUCCUUCGUCCUUUCAUCCCACAUUCUUUAUUACUUCACGAUACAAUAAUGGCACUCGAAGCUCAUUCCCUUUCUUUCCUACGUCCUCUUCAUUCAGAUGAUGAAAUGUCUCCAAAAGGUUUAUGUAACGCAAUCAUCAUUUCUAGAAAACAAUCAAUUUUCUUAAAACGUUGGUUGGAAAGUUAUGACGAGUUCAACGAAAAUAAAUGGACCGAACAUUCCGUUGAAAUGCCAUGGACUUUAGCGAGAUUAUAUCCUACUACUAUAACUGUAUUAUCUGAAAGAACUUUUUUUUGGCCUUUAUGGACGGAUGAUCAUAUUUAUUCAGUUUAUGAAACAAAGGAAUAUGAUUUUGAAAAAUCUGGUCAACUUGCAUAUCACGCAUGGGAAUCAAUGGCAAAAUCUCAUUUAUCAACCCUGAACCCUCAUACUAUAUCGACCAUUGAUACUUCUUUCACCAGGAUGGCAAGACGAUAUCGUGAACCAGACGAAGAGAGACGAUGGCUGGCUCAUCUGGCUCGAGAGGAAGGUAAAAUGGAAGAAGAUUAUGACAAGAGGGAGUAUUCACAUCGGACGAAGAGGGUAUAUCAGGGGGAGAACAUGACAUACUGA